AUGCCCUCUGCGUCCGGUCGGUUUCGCGGCGUCGCGCGACGCACUCGACACCACUCGCCACCACCGGUCGCCACUCGUCACCACUCAUCGCCACUCGUACACUUGAGCACUGAGAACUUACACGUUCGAGUCACACUUCACAUCGCGCAAAGUACGUUAGCGUCUGUUCCUGCGUUUGCGUGUCCGUCUGUCCUCGGUGGGUUCGGGCGUUGGGCACGCGUGGGUCCUUCGCGUGCGACGCCGGGUGUCACGCUAGUGUAUGGCGACGGGACUGUGCUGGCACACGGGCUGCAGCAUGUCCUCGUCGCGUCGGACGUUCUCCACUUCCAUGCGCUCGGCACCGCCCCACAGCCUGGCGCCUCCCACUACCGCACCACAUUGCAUACGUUACGCAUAGUACUGGAGUUAUACUUGUACUGGGUCACUUUUCAUACGUAG